UUGUUUUUUUUUAAAAAAAAACAAACAAACUGUCAUUCAUCUUGUAUAUUUCUAUCAUAAACCAACAAUGAUCCUUUCUGCUUCAUCUCUUUUCAUCCUGGUGAUGGUGAUGAUGAUGUCUGUGUAUGGCGCACCCAUUGAAAGUCGUGGCAUAAGCAGUUGUUACAAACAUGCCAUUUUAACAUUUUAUUGGAUUCCUAAAGAAGGGGACAAAGAUAUGUUAAACGAUGGACAAACGGUCACGUUGAACGGACCUAAAACAAAGACAUUGAAAGGUAGCAAUGGUAAGACCAUUGCCAAAGUAUCCAAAACCACAUAUGAGAAAUUCCAAAUGGAAGGGACAGGAUUAUUGAAAGAUGGCAAGAUGGUGAACUUGGGAGAUAGCAAGACACGAUUCCAGACGGUGAAUCGCAAGACGGAUCCUUAUGGAGUGGGAUCGAAUGAGAAUUCAUUAGUGCCUUGGGUCAGUGUGGCAUCCAAUGAUCUUCAUCGUGGCACGAAACUAUAUAUCAAAGAAUUGGAUGGCAUCAAGUUACCAGAUGGUAAGACACAUAAUGGAUGUGUGCGUGUGGAUGAUCAAGGUUGGAGUUUCGGGAAAUGUCAAUUGGAUUUCUUCACUUUACAAUUCUCGGCCUAUAAAAUCCUUGACAACAAAAUUCCAGGUCAUGUCACCGUCUCCCAGAAAAAAGAUUGUAAGAUUCUCAAUUAUGUCACUAGUGAAGUCAAGGCCUGGGCUGAACUCACAUAAACAAUCACAAAAAUACGCUGUACUUUAUAUAUAUAUUCAUCCAUUCGUACAUAACAUAUAUUAUAUAUCUAUUCAAAAAAAAAAUAAAAUAAAAAAAAGACGACUUUGCAUAUGUACAGUAGUUUUUCU